AUGUCAGGAGAGCAGGAUCAACAGCAACAGAUAGCGCACCUGCGCCAGGAACUGGAUACGUGCCAAGCCAGGCAAUACGAACUGGAGAUGCAGCUGCGCAUUCGGGAUGGUAACAUAGAAGAUCUGCAGAGCCGUCUACAGCAGGUGCAGCAGCACUAUGACGACCUGCGGCAGCACGACGACGACCUGGCGCAGAAGAAGCGCAAGCGCGCAGAGGACGAAGUCGCGGCGGCGAUGAAGCGGGAGGUGGGGCUGCGGCGCCAGCGGCGGGAUCUGGAGCAGCAGCUUGCAGCUUGCACCGCAAAGCUUGCGGCCGCGGAGCGCCGCCUCUCAGGCGCCGGCUCAGCUGAGCAUCCGCGCCAGCAGCAGGAGCAGGCGGCGGGCAACGGCGCGGCGCAGCCGCAGGUUGCCGCUGCGCAGCCAGCUGCCGAGGGUGGCGGCGGCCAUGGGCAGGGGUCGGGCGUAGCCGCCGCUGGAGCGCCGCCAGCUGCGGGGUCGGGCAGCGGCGGCGCAGGGCCACCUGGUUCGGACACGGUUGAAGGCGCCGCCGCGCUGGCGGCCAUGCAAAAUGCCCCGCACGAUGGCGCGCCUGCGGCACCGAACCCGCAGGAGCCCUCGCUCAAGCCCCCAUCGUCCUCGUAA